CCGAUGGCUUCAUAAAAUAACAACGACUAUGCUAUUUUUGAGCUUAUUUUUGUCUACUUACACAAACCUCAGAAGAGAAGAGAUAUUGCUUCCCAUUUUUUCAUUUCAUAUACAAAAUCCGACCAUGCCAGGUAAUGCAAUGCGGAAGGGAGUGGUGUUUUUGGCAUUAGUUAUGGUUGCUCUGAUAACACACCUAGUGGAGACACUAUAUACAGUUUUCACGUUCUCUGUUGCCAUUUAUGUUAUACUGAAAGUUAACAUCGAAAAAUUGAUGUUGUUUGUAUUAGGUACUGCAAUGCGGAAAGGAGUGUUGUUUUUGGCAUUAGUUAUGGUUGCUCUGAAAACACAAUUAGCGGAGACACUAUACAACAUAUUAAUUGAACUUCUAAAGACUAUAUGGACAUUCAAUGCAAAGUGCAUCGGACCGUUUUCUUUUUGGGUAUGGAAGUGCGUGAAAGUGUUCUUUUUGGCAAUUGGUUUUGUUCGGGUGAUAUUAGAGUUCAUGGAGACACUAUCCACAAGUUUUGAGUUUCUCAAGAAAACAUGGACAUUCAUUAAGGGAAUAAACGCGAAUUAUCAUCAAGGACGGGAAGAAUCAAAAUACUGAAACAAAACCUUGUUUCUUCAACCUAGUUUAUGUAACACUACUUGAUUAACACUCUAUUCAACAGAUGACAUUGUAUGAAAGUGAACUUCAUUAGCUACAGGUUCCCCUUUUUAUUUACUCUAAAUUGUACUUUUUCCCCAAAUAUACUAAAACAUUUUGAACUUUGGCA